AUGAAUGCCAAACCCCGGUCGGGUCUGGCUCUAGCUGCCCGCUAUGCAGUGCCAUUUGGACUGAUCUUGAUCCCCUUGUGGAUGACCCAAGUCAACAAAGUCGUCCCUGAGCCGUAUCUGGACGAAGCAUUUCAUAUUCCUCAGGCUCAAGCAUACUGGGCUCACAAAUGGACUCAUUGGGACCCGAAGAUUACGACUCCUCCCGGUUUAUACCUCUUCUCUUACGCCCUCUGUGCCCUUACGCUGUUCCUGCGAGGCUCUCCGACUGUGCUGGAUCCCCCGGCACUUCGCGCAACCAAUGUCGCAGGAGCAGCCGUCUUCCUUCCGAUGAGACUACAAACCGCACUUGAUACUCUACGAAAGCAACCAAAUAAGAGACCAUCUGGAGCUUGGUUGAGCCAUACAGUGCUAAAUAUCUGCCUCUUCCCGCCACUAUUUUUCUUCUCGGGCUUGUACUAUACAGAUGUCUUGGCACUGCUUGUGGUUGUCGAAGCAUACAAUUGGGAUCUGAGGCGCACUUCAAGGGUGAGCUCAGCACCUUUUGAGACUGCCGUGUUUGUUUUUCUGGGUCUUGUGUCGUUGGUUUUCAGACAGACGAAUAUCUUCUGGGUGUCGGUCUUUUUUGGUGGACUUCAGGUUGUCCGAAAAGUUCGCAGGGAGACCAAGACGUGUAUGUCAUCCAGUAUGGUUGACAUUGUGCGGGCCGGCUCUAAAAAUGAGUUGUACGAUCCCACAGUAUUGGACGCCUCAAUUGCAGACUACUUCAAAACUGCUGCCUCUCUCUGCUCCGUCGCUUUGAAUAAUCUGCCUUCUAUUAUAAUCUCUCUCAUCCCCUAUCUACUCAUUCUGACGGGUUUCGGAGGCUUUGUACUGUGGAACGAUGGUGUUGUUUUGGGCCACAAGGAAUUCCACACUGCCGGUCUUCAUCUGGCCCAGAUGUUCUACUUAUGGCCGUACUUCCUUUUCUUCUCCUGGCCUCUCCUUCUAGCUCCGAUGGCCAACAUACUACUUCCGAAGUUUAUGCUACCGAAGUUUCUGGAUCAAGGCUUUCCAGCGACCCGAAGAGGACUCCCGAAAGUCUUGACUGCUGUUCUUGUUCUAGGAAUAAUGCUUGCUGUGGUGCACUUUAACACGAUUGUCCACCCCUUUACCCUUGCUGAUAACAGACACUACGUCUUUUAUGUUUUCCGAAUUCUCCUACGCUCUCAUCCCUACACAAGAUACGCCGCUACUAUCAUCUACUUCCUCGGUGGAUGGAUGGUUAUUUCCGCUCUUGGGUUCUCGCCUCUCACGUCUGCACCUCGACUAGCCUCGGUUGUCAAGACUCAGCCACCGUUAUCCUCACCCUCGCCAUCGGAACAACAGGCCACGAAAGGACAACAAAUGACCGAACGCAAACAGAAAGCAUCAAAGAAACCUGCCGCAGCUCCAGCUCCAGCUCCAGCGCCUAUAUCUCCCGAGGUCCUUGCUGAUCUUCAAGCACAUAUUAUGAGGCGGCAACGGCUACAAUAUGAAACGUCUCGUGUGAGCUUCGUCCUCGUUUGGCUCGCAGCAACAGCACUGUCACUCAUUACCGCUCCCUUGGUCGAGCCACGGUACCUUAUCAUUCCUUGGGUAAUGUGGAGGCUUCAUUUGCCGCCAUCCCCAGCGCCCGUAGUCUACCGUCAAGCGCGUGAUCAGGAUGAAAAGAAGGAUCUUGAAGCACGCAUUGCGGUCAAUUUCCCACUGUUCCUAGAAACUGCAUGGUUCCUGGCGAUCAAUGCGGUCACUGGACUGCUAUUUCUCUACGGGGCGUAUUUUACUUCUCCAACAACAUCAACAAUGCACGACGACCAUGACGGUCGCUCAUCAAAACGGGCUAAGGUGUCGUCCGAUCUAGAUCCCCAAACAUCAAACGAGCCAUCUCUAGUAUCUCUUAGUCGCUCAAUUUCCCCUCCAUCGCGCCCUUCUCGCCAAAACGUCAUCGCUUCCCCGCAAUCACCAGUAGCUCUCGACGGGGAGAGAGGAGAAGCGUCUUCAAAACGACCUCGGAUAAUUCCGUCACCAUUUAACCUCACUCACAUUCGAGACCUUGCUGUAUCAUCCGAGAACAAUGCCGGUACAGUUCGGUUGACAGACCUGCUCGGGGACCCAAUGAUUCGCGAAUGCUGGCAGUUCAACUACCUGUUUGACGUGGAUUUCCUGAUGAAGCAGUUCGACGAGGAUGUCCGAAGCCUAGUACGCGUGAAAGUUGUCCAUGGAUCAUGGAAAAGGGAGUCGGAGAACCGGAUUCAAAUUGAUGAAGCCUGUUCUCGACAUCCAAAUGUCGAGCCUAUUGUGGCUUACAUGCCUGAGCCUUUUGGCACGCAUCACUCCAAGAUGAUGAUUCUGCUUCGUCAUGACGAUCUUGCGCAGGUUAUCAUUCAUACCGCGAACAUGAUCGCCGGCGACUGGGCAAAUAUGUGCCAGGCUGUUUGGCGAUCUCCUCUGCUCCCGCUGCAAUCAGGCGACCGCAAGGAAACCGACUCGACUGUCUGGGGCACUGGCGCGAGAUUCAAGCGUGAUCUACUUGCAUACCUGGCGGAAUAUGGUGCGCGAAAGACUGGCCCCUUGGUGGAACAGCUCUCUCGGUAUGAUUUCAGUGCUGUUCGCGCAGCUUUGAUAGCGAGUGUGCCCUCAAAGCGAAAGAUUGACAGAUCGAGCAACGGACUGCAAAAGCCUCUCUGGGGGUGGCCGGCUGUACGAGAUGUCCUGCGACAUGUUCCAUUGUGCGAGACCAGUAAUGCAACACCGCAUAUCGUUGCCCAGAUGUCGUCCAUUGCCUCUCUCGGAACGACGGAGAAGUGGCUAAAAGACGUCUUCUUUGACUCCCUAGCUCCACCUUCAUCUACGAGCACACCUACAAGUCUUCUGACAUCGCCGCAAUACUCUGUAAUCUUCCCAACCGCCGAGGAGAUCCGGCGUUCACUCAAUGGAUACGCCUCGGGUGGGUCGAUCCACACGAAACUACAAAGCGCUUCGCAGCAGAAGCAGCUCCAGUACUUGCACCCGUACCUACGACAUUGGGCUGGAGACGUUUCAGACCAGGCUCUACCUCGCAACAUUCAGGACGCCGGUCGUCGUCGCGCAGCCCCGCACAUCAAAACUUAUGUGCGUUUCGCGGACGCACAGAGAAUGGAUACUAUCGAUUGGGCCCUGGUUACAUCGGCUAACCUCUCGACACAGGCGUGGGGGGCAGCUACCAAUGGAAGCGGAGAGGUACGCAUCUGCAGUUGGGAGAUCGGUGUAAUGGUGUGGCCGGCGCUCUUCACGCAAGACGCACAGUGCUCGGUCAUGGUGCCAUGUUUCAAACAGGACUGUCCAGAUCAUUCCCAAAUGACGCUCCCAGACAAUCCAGGAGAACCGACGGUCGUAGUCGGAUUUCGCAUGCCGUACGAUCUACCCUUGACAUCGUACAGCGCAAACGACACACCGUGGUGUGCGACGAUGCGUCACUCGGAGCCCGACUGGCUCGGGCAAACAUGGGCAGGCUGA